AUGGGCGAAUUCGACACGGUUAUUGGAGACAAUGAGAAAUCGGACAGUUACGGGAACCAUAUCGGAAUUAACGUCAACGGAAUGAAUUCCAUUGCCACGGAAUCGGCAUCGUAUUACGAAGGGUGGACUCAGAAAAAGGAAGAGAUUGAUUUGGAAGGCGACCAACCAAUCCAGGCUUGGAUAGAUUAUGAUGGAUUGGCAGUGAAUGUAACAGUUGCACCUUUAUCAAUUUCCAAACCAAUUAAGCCGCUUUUAUCUCAAUCGAUGGACUUGUCACUAGUGAUGAAGGUUCAUAUGUAUGCUGGAUUUUCAGCAGCCACAGGGGAAAAGACGAGUUCUCAUUACAUCCUCGGAUGGAGUUUCAAGCUAAAUGGGACAGCUGAUCCACUUGAUGUUUCUCAGUUUUCUGCCAUACCAGCAGAAAAAUCAUCUUCCUCCCAAAAUAAACUGCAAAUAGCACUUAUUUCCACUUUUUCAGUUGCGUUAUUUUUAUUAGUAUUGGCGUUGAUCAGUAUUUUUGCAUAUCGAAAGGUGAUGAAGUUUGAGGCUUUGGAGGACUGGGAAUUGGAUUGCCCUCACCGGUUCCGGUACAAGGAUCUUUAUGUUGCCACUAAGCGAUUUAAGGAGAGUGAGAUCAUUGGAGUUGGAGGAUUUGGAACUGUUUACAAGGGGGUUUUACGGGCUACCGGAGCCGAGGUUGCUGUGAAAAAGAUAACAUCGAACGAUACAUUGAAAGGAACGAGAGAAUUUGCAGCUGAAAUCGAAAGCUUGGGAAGGUUAAGACACAAAAACUUGGUCAAUCUUCAAGGGCACUGUUUUGAGUUGGGAACAAAGAUUCAAUAUCAUCAAAGGCGUUGCAUCAGGGCUGAUAUAUUUACAUGA